AUGGCCCGGAACAACAGCCAACCCAGCAUGGCCUGCUCCAGCAUAGGUCGUCCAUACAUAUCAUCCCUUGAUAUGGACAGGGCUGAUGACAUCUGGCAGUGUGUCAAGAACAAGGUGAGAGAGAGAGGCUAUACGCUACAGCUAUUCACAUACGAUACGAUAAGUUAGCAUAUCAUAACAUAGUCAUAACAUAGCCAUAACAUAAGACAUGCUAAGAAUAAGCUGAAUUGAAAAGCAGAUCCACAGAGCUAGUUUCCAUGAUAUUGACACCAGCUGGCUAAUCAAUUCAUUCCUAUGCUGAGUGGAAAACACAUAUUUUCACAUCGGGUAAGGCAACUGGGCAGAAUAAAUACAUGUUGAUGAAACUGAACACAUUCAUGUUGCUCGGCUGUCAGCCAGCCCUGUCUGCUGAGGAGAAACCUAAGAGGCGAACUCCAGCACACUUUGACACUUUUAGGACAUUCAGGAAGUGGCCCACUGACCUAUAUUAUUCUAGUAAAAUAAUAAAUAAUAACAAAAAAUAGCAUACAAAUGUAAUACAAUAAAUCUAUUAUUAGUCUCGUGAGAUGUGACCACUGAUCCCAGAUCGGCUGUUGAUCUCAGGUCAGAUACUGAUCUCAGGUUAGAUGUUGAUCUCGGGUCAGCUGUUGAUCUCGGGUCAGCUGUUGAUCUCAGGUCAGCUACUGAUCUCAGGUCAGAUGUUGAUCUCGGGUCAAAGUGAAGUUUGUGCCCUGCUUGUUUCUGACUGUGAGAUACAAGGACAUCUCUCUCUCUUCUCCCAGUUUCUGCACCUCACCACAUUCCCCCAUAUGUGAUGAAACUGUAAUUCUACUCAGCAAAUCAUGACUCUUCCUCUCUUCCCUUUCUUGUCUCUCUCUUCCCUUUCUUGUCUCUCUCUUCCCUUUCUUGUCUCUCUCUCUCUCUCCUCUUCUUCGUCAGGUGGCCUCCAGUCUGUGUGGCCCCCAUGUGACGGCCAUGCCCCACCUGCGUGAUGCCCAGAUGUUCCGUCCUCUCUGCGUUAUCGGGAAGCGUGUGGAGCGUUCGCUGCGUGUGCGUAAGGUCCGCUCCUUGUUCCCCCUGGGGCCCCUGAAGGACCUGUUAGAUGACCCGGCCGGCUCCCCAGAGGCCUCCCUGAAGACUGAGGGGCUCGUGCGCUGCGAUUUCCUGCACGACGAGUUCCUGGACGGCGUGGGGAGGGUCCGUGUGCAGGUCAGCAACCUGAGGAAAGAGGCAGCGGUUUGUCCCUUGGCCCCACACAGACAGCUGUCCCUCAGGGACAACCUGCCCUGGCUGGACUCUGUUCACCGCCUCUACCUGGUGAGACACAGGAGUUAGAUAAACAUCAGAAUAAUGAAUAAUGAUGGUGUGCUGCAUUAUGUAUCGCGUUUCUCAAUCUCUGCUAUUUUUUUAAUGCACUAUAUCGGGUACCUCGGACCCAUUGCCAUGUCUGACACAAACAGGGAGUGGGGGAAUGGAACUCACAUGUGGCUCCCAUUGCAUAUGUGCACCGUAGAUGUCUUCUUCCCAAGGAACAAUCUUGAUAUUUAUGACAUCAUCCCUGGGCAAAAACUGGUUGAAUCAGAGUUGUUUCCACGUAAUUUCAACCAAAAUAUUCAAUGUGAUGACGUUGAAUCAACGUGAAAAACUAAUUUUAUUUUUUUUAAACGCAUCACGUAAGGGAUUUUUUAAAACCUUUUAACCUAAAUCCAAUGUCAUGGUGAAUUUAGUUGAUUUCAUGUUAAAUUCACGUUAGUUGACAACUCAACCAAAUGUUAAUCAAAACUAGACAUUGCACUGACGUCUGUACCCAGUGGGCACUGUCUAAUCCAGGGCUUUCCAACCCUGUUCCUGGAGAGCUACCCUCCUGUAGGUUUUAGCUCCAACCCGUUGUAAUUAACCCGAUUCAGCUCAUCAACCAGCUAAUUAUUAGAAUCAGGUGCGCUACAUUAGUGUCCAAAAACCUACAGGACACUAGCUCUCCAGGAACAGGGUUGGAGAGUAAACCUACAGGACACUAGCUCUCCAGGAACAGGGUUGGAGUGUAAACCUACAGGACACUAGCUCUCCAGGAACAGGGUUGGAGAGUAAACCUACAGGACGGUAGCUCUCCAGGAACAGGGUUGGAGUGUAAACCUACAGGACGGUAGCUCUCCAGGAACAGGGUUGGAGUGUAAACCUACAGGACGGUAGCUCUCCAGGAACAGGGUUGGAGUGUAAACCUACAGGACACUAGCUCUCCAGGAACAGGGUUGGAGAGUAAACCUACAGGACACUAGCUCUCCAGGAACAGGGUUGGAGUGUAAACCUACAGGACACUAGCUCUCCAGGAACAGGGUUGGAGAGUAAACCUACAGGACGGUAGCUCUCCAGGAACAGGGUUGGAGUGUAAACCUACAGGACGGUAGCUCUCCAGGAACAGGGUUGGAGUGUAAACCUACAGGACGGUAGCUCUCCAGGAACAGGGUUGGAGUGUAAACCUACAGGACGGUAGCUCUCCAGGAACAGGGUUGGAGUGUAAACCUACAGGACACUAGCUCUCCAGGAACAGGGUUGGAGUGUAAACCUAGAGGACACUAGCUCUCCAGGAACAGGGUUGGAGUGUAAACCUACACAACGGUAGCUCUCCAGGAACAGGGUUGGAGAGCCCUGGUCUAAUCCCUUUCCAUCUCUUGGUUCCAGGUGAGCGAGGUGUACUGCAGCUCUGACGCCAAGCUGCGUGUGCUGGGGAUGGAGAGGAGGACAGAGCUGAGGCUGGGGCCCGACACCCCACUGGCCUUCUCCUGCCUCAGGCUCUCUGUCUCUCCCUCGGGCCUGUUGGAGGUGUGUGACGGCUGGGAGGGCAGCUACCUACACCCCAAGGCCAGGUGGGCCAAGUUCGACUCCCCGGACUAUGCCUCUCUGGUAGCAGGGAGACCGGUGUCUGAGCCCAAGAUGAUGAGCCUGCUCUCCCAGUUUGGUGAGCUAACCUCCACUCUGUUGUCCAAUGAAGUGAUAAUAUGAAAGCAAUGUGCCUUCUUUACCUCCUGAUAAUAAACCUCCUCUCCCUUCCUGAUCUUCCAACUCCAACGUUCAACUUCUCCCAUCCCAUUUCAUGGCACAAACGCAAUGCACACUUACCUUACUUUCUAACUCAGAUUCAGAUCAAUUUAUAACCACCUUCCUCCCGUUCCCACUCCAGCGUUCAACAUCUCCCACCCCUCCAUAAUCUCCCUGCCCAACUCGGCCCUCCACCUGCCGGGCCCGUCCCCCAGCAAGGAGCAACACCAGGAGGCGCAGGAGAUCUCCAGCGAGGCCCUGCUGCCCCUGGAGGAGGAGGAGGAGGUGGGAAGCUGA